CAAAUAUCGACCCUUCUAUUACCCUCUGGAUCGAACAGAAUCAGAACCAGGAAGAUGGCCAUCUGCAUCACAUUCGGAACACACGAGUUCAGCUCCAUGCUGGAGGGGUAUGAGCAGGUGCGUGCCUACUGCUAUAACUGCCAGCAUUACAAUGGACACUGCGUGACAAGAUGGCCCUGGUUCACCAUCUGCUUCAUCCCCGCAAUCCCCCUCUCAAUGGGUAAAUACAAGGAAGUAAGAUGCUACACCUGCAACUUCACCCAAGACCUCAAAGACCGUCCCGACAUCACGCCCGAGACGCGUCCUCCACAAGGGAUCCCCGGCGGACCGGGCCCGCCCCCACCGGGCUUCUACGGCAAUUAUCCCCAGUAUGCGCAGCAUCCGCCGCCCCAGCAGCAGCAGCAGGGGCCGCCGGUGGCUUCUGGGGCGGGAGGGCCCGGACAGGGCCAGCAGGGGUAUGGGUAUAAAUAGUCUAUGCCUAACUUCCUCCGCUUUUCUCUUGUCGUUGCUAGGGGAUGCUUCAUGCGCUGUUUACAGAGUUUGUUGAUGCUGUUGUUGUUGUGUUGAUUUCUUUCUUUCUUGUUUGUCUGUCUGUGGACGAUACCAUUGCUUUUAUGGCCUUAUUCUGUUCUGUUCGUGGGUUGAAUGGGGAGUUUUGUGUCUUGGUUGAGUUCCAUACCUGUUGUGUUUGUGCUGGAAUAAACUAUUAAUAUUGUUUUGAUUGGCG